CUUCUUCUCUAGUUGGUAUAGUUGCCUCGUUCGUCGUAGACUCGUUGGUUGGCCGUCGUCCGUCGUAAGCUAGACUGGUAGAUUGUUACUCGCGAAGUCGAACACAAUCGAACGCAAAAGAAAAACGCGAAAAAGAAUAGUGCCUGUGCCACAGAGCUGCUUCUGCUGCACCGAGGGACAAAAGAAGCGGAGUCUAGAGUCUAGUAAGAUGAAGAUCUUCCAAGGAUAAGUUUCUCUUUUUUGCAGUGUGCUCCGUGCUGACAAUAAGGCGAAAGGGUUGAACUUUUCUCAGUUCGAGUUCAGAUUCGGUGCAGUGCCAAUUUAGCGAGUGUUCGAUCCGUGCUUAGGGAAUUUCGCUGUUUGUGAACAAAUCGCAGUUGAAUAGACGUGAACUACUUGAUGGAUACCAGAAGAGAAUCAAAUCAAUUCGCGAAAAGCAGCACAUAAUUUUCAGCCUUGAAGUUGGUGAAAAAGGAACGGAUAGAAAAAUUGAUCAUGGCGCCCCGUUCGUGUGGAAAACAGUGACCAUUGGAUACACUGUGAGUGUUGGACCUGAUUUUGUCCCAUUCGUCAUCGGUGCAUAGCACCAGCCUUCCGUCGUCGCGCUGUUUGUGGCUGUGGUGAUUAAUAAUAUUCCUGUCCGAAGAGAAAAGAAAGUUCAUCCGCCUGUGUCUGGUUUCCUCGAUUGGAGGAGGACGCAAGUUGCGCAGAAGACGAAGAAAAUGCUACGGAAAAUAAAGAUUUAAAUGAAUGUCACCCAGCCGGCCCAGACGUCGCCCCAAUGCUAGGAUCAAACGAGCGGCUUUGCGCCACCGGCGAGGACUCCCCCGCCAGCAGCAGCAGCCAGCAGCAACAACAUACACCACUCAUCAGCACCACCACAGCGACUCCUCCGACAGCGGUCUCAGGGCUCGCCCAACAACACGAUCCUGCCAGCAGUCUUCACCUGCCGUCGCGGUCCCGCUCCGACAGUGCGGACGAACGGGAGUCGGUCGCCUCGACGGGUAGCACCGCAUCUUCCGCUUCGUCCGCCGGCAGUGACAUCCAGCAACAUCUGCAGUCAAUGUUCUACCUGCUUCGCCCGGAGGAAACCCUCAAAAUGGCCGUCAAACUCGAAUCGUUACGCGCUGGUCGCACCCGGUACUUGGUGGUCGUAUCCCGUCCACGGACCAAACGAAUGCUCCGUUAUCCGCAACAGCAGCAACAUAAUCAACAGCAGUUCCAUCAACAAUCACUGCAUUCAUCGUUUUCCUGUUCGACGACGACUACAAUGUCGGCCAGUUCGUCGUCGUCGGUAUCGCCGGCACCGAUCGCGAUCCCAAGCAGCAAACAAAUAACAUCCGCCUCUCUGUACAAGGCUGCUUCGCCUUCCACGACCAACUGCAAUAGUGUCCUCGUAAGCGUCGGUGCCACCGACGUUGAAACUUUUGUGUCCAGCUUAGAUAACUGUGUUCUCAGUGUUUCACCGAAAAAUGCUUCAGCGCAUAAUAAUAAUGCUAACAGCAGCAACAAGAGUGUCGAUAAAUGUGAUAGUGAUAGACCUAGUAGUAAUUGUGGUAAUAAUGUUAAUGUUAGCAGUAGUGUAGUUAGCGUCGCAAGACCGGGAUCCGGUGCAAGCAGCAGAAGUGAGGGCAGUGUGAAAGUGUGCAGUACCGGUUCCAGUGGGUUUAUCAAUGUUGCCACUACGACGAGUGGCGGUGGGGUGGGCAAAUUGUUGGGGGGUAGUUCGGCGGGAAAUGCCACCACUGGCAGUGGCAGUGGACGAAGCAGUAGUGUUGGCAGUCCCCGCGGUGCCCAUCAUCAUCAGCAGCAUCACCAUGGCGGUUGUAACGAGGUCGAAGAGUCCUGUCUAUUGGGGAUCGAUUGCAACGAGAAAACUACCGUAGGUCUGGUGUUGCGAGUGUUGGCUGACACUACGAUCCGACUGGACGGCGAUGGCGGAUUCAGUGUCAGUUCGUGUGGACAGCAGCACAUCUUCAAGCCAGUCUCCGUACAAGCGAUGUGGUCCGCUCUGCAAACCCUGCACAAAGUGUCAUCCAAGGCGCGGGAGUAUAACUUCUUCGCGGGAGGCUCAUCGCAUGAAUGGGUGUCCUACUACGAGAGCCACAUCGACUCGGAUCGGUCCUGCCUCAAUGAGUGGCACGCGAUGGAUUCCAUCGAGAGCCGUCGGCCACCGUCUCCGGAUUCCAUCAGAAAUAAACCGACGGAACGCGAGGAAACGGAACGUGUCAUACGCACAAAACUGAAAGGGAUCAUGAUGACGGUGGAUCUGGACGUGGUCACGUCCAAAUUCAUCCGCGGCCGGCUGGAGGAGCAGCUGGACAUGGAUCUCGGCGAGUACAAAUCUUUCAUUGACGAGGAGAUGUUGGUCAUUCUCGGCCAGAUGGACGCUCCGACGGAGAUCUUUGAUCACGUGUACCUGGGAUCAGAAUGGAAUGCCAGUAAUUUGGAAGAACUCCAACGGAACGGCGUUCGGCACAUUCUGAACGUGACGCGCGAAAUAGACAACUUCUUUCCGGGCAUGUUCGACUACUUGAACGUGCGAGUGUACGAUGACGAGAAAACGGACCUGCUCAAACAUUGGGACAACACGUUCAAGUACAUCUCCCGCGCCAAAAUGGAGGGCUCGAAAGUGCUGGUGCACUGCAAGAUGGGAAUCUCCCGCUCGGCUUCGGUGGUAAUUGCGUACGCCAUGAAGGCUAACGAUUGGGAUUUCAACAAGGCGUUGCGACACGUCAAGGAGAAACGGAACUGCAUCAAGCCGAACAAGAACUUUAUCAUGCAGCUCGAAACGUACCAGGGGAUGCUGGACGCGAUGAAGAAUCGGGAAAAGCUUCAGCGGAGUAAAAGUGAAACGAAUCUGAAAAGCGGUGCAAAGGAGGGACGGACACUGCCGGGCAGUGAACCGACUCCCUUGAUUCAGGCUCUGAACAGGGGUAGUGCGACGAACACGUUGAACAAGAGCGGUAGGUUCCUGAGGAGAUUGGGUAAGCGACCGAAGAGUUGGUCCCCAGAUUCCGAGAAGGCCGCUUUGCUAUUGGAAACAAGUCGACAGCAGUCCCACUCGCUGGAACAUCUCAUGGCACCGUCCAAUGAGGCCAAAACGAUUCGGAUACCGUGUAGGAACGGGCAGAAUUACAGUGUCUCACAGAAUCAGAUAGUGCACUUGCAGGAGGGGAUGCAGCAGGAUGAGGAUGAUCAGGAGCAAGAGCAAUCCGAGGAUCCCGAGAAGAUAGUAGUGCCAUCAGCGUUGUCAGCUUCCUCUGUUCGAUCCAUCGUCAGUGAGCUGGAAUCGUCGAAUAAAGCCAAAGAAACCAGCAGCAACCACAAGAGGAAAGGUUCGUCCUCGUCGGUGGCUUCCGUUACAGGGUUAAGUUUAGCACCCUCGAUAGGUGGAGCGGACGAAGAAGUUAAAGAUCAUCAGUGGGAUCCGGGAGAAAAAAGCUCGUUAACGACCGUAACUAUUGCUCAAAAUUGUGAUACUAGUUCCGUAGUUCAGCCAGUGGUCUGCUGGACCAGUCAGAGUCAAAUAAUCCAGCAGGUUCAGCCGGUUUUGCCGCCGACGCAGCCGCAGCAGCAACAGCAGCCAGUACAGCAUGUGUCUCGCCAGAGUUCCUGGUCCAGUGUGGAUUCUGCCGUGGUAGCAGAUAUGAUCCGCGGAACGUUGUCAUCCGCGUCGCGGAAUUCUAGUUGGUGUUCAGGAGACAGCCAACAACCAAUCCUGGGAGGGCAACAGGGAACUCGAACGGCGCAGGCGCCUCCUUCUCGCAAUAGUAGUUGGGGCUCGUAUGAUACGAGCAAUCCCAGCAGCAUACAGACAGUGGUCGAGGUUCCUGUGACUCCUACCAGUCCAGCAGAAGAGGACACCGGACAAAGCGGAAUCUUUCCGUACGACAAGGACGAAAUACCAUGGCAUCCAGGGACCGUAAAGCGGACGAAACAGAAGAUCGAAGAGCGAUCUACUUCGUCGAUAAAACGCAUUUGUAGUGAAAAGUUUGGGCACAAUAUUCCGAAGGAUUCGGAUGAUGACGUUCGGGGGAAAGGUUCCCAGCAGCGAUCGAACAGUGAAGAAGUUUUGCCCUCGAAUCGGUCUACUACGACAAUAGUUUCAAGCACGUAUACGCGAUUAUCCGCUUCGGCACCGGACUCGUAUUGUUUGUGUCCUUUCGGAGGCAAAAGGUCCGAAGAGGAAUCGCUACCAUCCACCGGAAAAGGACACCACCGGAGAUUUAGUUUCCGGCGAAACGUUCCGGACGAGAAAAAGACUGCCACCAACGACGAAAACACAGCCAUCAGCGUUAGUGGAAUCGUAAAGAACCUCAAAAUGAGCUUCGAAGCCAAAGUGGGCGAUCGAAGCAAAAAGGAAUCGAAAAAGGUUCGCUCUCUGCCAUCCUCUCCGGUUGCCAUACAUACAGAACUGAGCAAGCACCAUGGACAUGCUUCUGGGAAGCAAAAUCAGCAGGAGGACAUAACCGUCCGGGAUUUGGUCGACCGAUACGAAGCACCGCGGUUACGGGCCUCGUUCAAUACGCACCAUCGACACAACAGCAGCAGCAGUUCCAUGACCAGCUCCGGCAGCAACGAACAGGUGGUCCUCCGGCAGCGACCACGAUCCGUUUUCGAGCCGCUCAAACACAAGCACCUGCCGAACCGCCCGAUGACGAUCACAAACUCAUUCAAUCUCAUCCGGUCUGCGCAGGAGGACUUUAGCCGGCCGCCGCCCUUCGGUGGCGGUGGACCAUUCGUACGCGGUAUCAUCGUUCCUCCGCUGAACAGCUCCUCUUCGAAUAGUGGAAAUCAGGGCGCCGGGAAUGGUCCUGCGUCCGGGGUUACCGGCAAGAAGGUAAUCCAGCACCACGGCAAAACGCACCCGCUGGCCAAGAUCAACCUGACCAAACAUCGGAUCAACGCGACCUCUACGACGGCAGCUACGGCGUACAAUACGAUGUGAAUUUGGGAGUGUUUGUGUGGUCCGAGUGGGUUUUUGUUUUUGUUUUUAUGAAUUGUGAAUACAACAAUAUGAAUGAUAGACAGGGCUUACAAGAAAUGGUGUCCCGGAGGUAUUCCGAUCCCAAUCAAACCACCUUAUCUCCCCUUUUGCCACAAAACCACAGUAUUAACCAGAAAACUUAAAUUGGGAAACAUGCAUUUUUGGGAAUAAUGUGAAACGCUUUAGCACGAUUGUUGCCCCGUUGGAAACCUCACUGGAAUGCGAUUAUGAAAAGGUCUGUCAAGUUUAUUUGCUUUUCGGUACACCGUGCGCUUUCUUAUGACUAAAUUUGGAUUUAUUGUUGUCAAUAUCAAAACAAUGAUAAAAUCAAAUUACUUCAAAAUUGUUCAAUCUAUUGUAGAUUUCUUGUUUUACGCUUGAUAAUAAUCAAAAAAUUAAUUAUGAUUAAUUUGAAGUGGUUUUAAUAUUGAAGCUUUUGGUGUAAUUUAAAGCAAUGACAAGCUAUUCAAUUCCUUAGGAGUAGUAAGUAGCACUUAUCCCAGAUAUUGGCGCAAUAGUUGAUGCAACAUUUACGCGGAUAGCAUGGGGUCAGCUUUGAACAUCUGUUCCUACUGAUAUGCAAUUGACUCCAGGGACUUUGUUGAACAUCAUGCUUCUGGUGGCUUCUUCAACUCUUACAGUUGAGCUAACGCAGGUAUUGCAUCGCACCUUUGGUGACUCAUGUCGAGAUGUGGGUGUGGGCGCCGAAGUUUGAAAAAGUUGUUCGAAGUGCUCCGACCAACGUUUCAUCUGAUCAGUCAGUUUUUCACCGGCAUCCUCGGACCUAUCCUUGUUCCACUCAGGCAACGUGAGAUAUCGUAACGUGCAACGUGAGAAACAGAAUUCUACAAACAGCACACCACUCAGCUCCGAGAUCAUAACGACUCAUGAUAUGCUCAUAGUCCGUAUAACCGGAGCCAAUCUUCACAUUCAGUUUGACGGCAUUAUUAGUUCACUCUAAAAAUCUUCUUACUGAACGUUUCUGUUUAUUUUGUUGUUUUUUUUUUUUCAUGAUCCAAUCAAUGUCAGGUGUUCCAAAACAGAUAAACUUACAGACAUUUUCAUGAAUACAGGUAUUACAGCACUCCUUGAAACUUUUACCCCUAAGUCCCUACGGAGACUGGUUUUCUUAUGCCUUGGAAAACCUUUCCUAACCUAUCGCCCUGGGUAGCAUUUCCACCUCCUCCUGCCUAAAUAGCUAAGAUAGUUAUUGAAAACAAUACAAAAUACGCUUCGCAAACAAAACAGCACUCUUUCUUUUCCUACGUGUGUGUGUCCGUGUGUGUGAAUGAAACUGCAAUCACGCUCUAUUGUUAUUAGGAAUGCGCACGGCGCGUGCGUAUGAGUCAAGCGCUUCAAAGCAAACACAAAUAUAGGAUGGUGAGAUCUUUCCAUACUUUUUUUUUCGUUUCAUUUUAUUCUCAUGUAAAUAUCAAAAUAGAAACAGUGUAUAGACUAUAACAUUAAUGUCCCCACCCAACGAUUCCCACAAUGAAGACUCAAUUCCCGUUAAGCUCCAUUUGUCCCGUAUUGUUUGUUUUGUAUUAUUUAGUGUAAAAGAGUAAGAAGAAAAACUUUGUGUUUGUCGUGACGUGUCCCUCCCCCUCUCAAAACCAAUUUUCAUCGACUCAUUUUGCCUAUUUUGUACGUACAUCAAGAAAAACCAGCACGGUCAUAGGCAGUGAAGCGCCUCGAUGAUGAAGCCAUUUUUGUGAUUUUCAGCUUUCCCUAUUAUGUAGUUCAGUAGUUAGGGUACUUUAGGAUUUUGUUUCGGUCUUGAUCUGUUCCGGCGCGCAAAACUGCUAGCAGCUUUAUCUUAACCCUAAAAACAGCAUUGUUGAUCGCUAGAGGCGAACGCGCAUUGCAGCGGUCAUAAGCAGCAGAAAAAAAGAAGGAAGAAGCCAACAGCAUUGUAGCAGCAAACACAAUAUUCAAAUAACUGUUCGAAUAUUUUAUGUGGUUUUUAUAAGCUUUUAAACUGAUGAAAAAUCAGAAGAAAAACAAAGGAAAACAGAAAAAAAUGAAAACAAAAAAACAGAGUAAAACUUAAUGGAAUAUGCAUAUUGUAACAAAGCAAACGCGACAUGAUUGAAAAGAUAAAAAACAACGUAUAGGAGCAAAAUAAAACAAGAAUUUGUAUUUAAAGACUAUAAAAUGAGCUAAAAUCGUGAUACAAGAGUA